AUGUCGGGAUGGAGGAGAUUAAGAGACAUAGCAUUGAAGGCAUCGAAGAGAGGUACCCAGCACCAGGUGCAGUUGCAGUUGCAGAAGCGGGGUUUUGUGAAUUGCAUUCACGUGGGCUCUUAUGUCAAACGGAGAGAAUCUUUGAUUGGAGUGCAGGAGAGGUACAAGUGGAACCGGGGUGGCGCUGGCGAUGAGUAUCAAACUCGGAAAAUUAAGGCUGAGGCAAAUUGCCCACGUUGCUCCAAGCAAAUGGAUCUACUCUUUACAAACCGGCCCCAUCUCCUAAAUCCGCCCUCUUCCAAUCCCGAUUCCUCUUUCGAUUAUAUCGAUGCAACUUCUAAUACCACCACUGCAAAUACGAAUGAUAACAGUAAUAAUAGUAACUCAAAAGGUGGAGGUGGAGGUAAUGCUUUCCAAGCGUUGAAUCUGUGCCCCAGUUGUAAGACGGCUUAUUACUUUAGGCCAUACAAAAUGUCACCUCUUCAGGGAAGUUUCAUUGAGAUUGGGACUGUCAAAAGCAAGAAUUCAAAUUCGGAAAAGAAAUUGGCCGAAGCUGAAGAUUAUGGGAGGAGGAUUCGAGCUUCAUUUUGGGAGACCUUGAAGUCAUAUGGCAGUGAGCCACCAGAGAACUGGCCUCCUCCUCCACCUCCAUCUGGGAAUGGGCUGGCGGUCCAUACACCACCUGGACCUCCUUUUGCCCCUGGUGUCAAUUUAAUAAGGGCAUCAGGUAAUGGGGGCAAUGGUGGCAGUGGAAAUGAUGGUCAAAAUGGUGGUGGUAAUAAUGGAGAGAAAAGCAGCUGGGGUGGGUCUGAACUAGGUAGAAAUUUACCCACGCCAAAGGAGAUCUGCAAGGAACUUGACAAGUUUAUCAUCGGCCAGGAACGUGCUAAAAAGGCGCUUUCAGUGGCUGUUUAUAACCACUACAAAAGGAUAUAUAAUACGUCCUUGCAGAAAGGGUCGGAAGCUGAAGCAGUUAGAGUAGAUGAUGACGACAAUGUAGAAUUGGAAAAGAGCAAUGUGCUUUUAAUGGGCCCUACUGGCUCAGGUAAAACACUGCUCGCAAAAACCCUUGCUCGUUUUGUGAAUGUGCCUUUUGUGAUUGCAGAUGCAACAACUUUGACACAGGCUGGUUACGUUGGUGAAGAUGUUGAAUCAAUAUUGCACAAAUUGCUCGCGGUUGCUGAGUUUAAUGUACAAGCUGCACAGCAAGGGAUGGUUUACAUUGAUGAAGUUGAUAAGAUAAUAAAAAAGGCUGAGAGCUUAAACAUCAGCAGAGAUGUUUCUGGUGAAGGUGUUCAGCAGGCACUACUGAAAAUGCUAGAAGGGACUAUAGUAAAUGUUCCAGAAAAGGGGGCAAGAAAGCAUCCUCGGGGUGAUCAUAUUCAGAUAGAUACAAAAGACAUCCUUUUCAUUUGUGGAGGAGCAUUUAAUGAUUUGGAGAAAACUAUUUCUGAAAGACAGCAGGAUUCAUCAAUUGGGUUUGGAGCUCCUGUUCGUGCUAACAUGAGAGCAGGUGGAGUGGUUGAUUCUGCUGUAACAGCAUCCUUACUAGAAUUUGUCGAAAGUAGUGAUCUUAUUGCCUAUGGCCUCAUACCAGAAUUUAUUGGGCGCUUCCCUAUUUUAGUUAGUUUGUCUGCUCUUACAGAGAACCAACUUGUUCAGAAGUGCAAAUGCAUCUCUCUUGGAGUAUAUAAGAUUUUCCUUGCUAUUUCUGGUGGCGAGAAUUAA